AUGGCGACCGGAACAGUCGAGGAUUCCUCACCGAAUGAGGUGCAGAGCGGUUCUGUCGCCAGUUCGAUCCCUUUCAAAACCAACAGCAUACGACAAGGAAUCCACGAGAAGGAGAGGCAUCUAGUCCACUCCAUCCGAUCCGUCCCGCAGAAAUUUGCGCACCCCUUCCUCGUCACCGAUCGAGCAGAUGAGAAGCAACUGUGCAUAUCCUCAAGGGGCCUUGAACUGAAUGACUUCAAGCUUCUGAAAACCCUGGGCACCGGUCAGGAACACUAUGCGACUAGUCGCGCUCUUGUCGCAUUGCUUCCAUUGAAGAACCAGGAGGACAAGACCAAAGUCUAUGCGCUGAAGGUCCUCCGAAAGGCCGAUGUGAUCAAACUGAAGCAGGUGGAACAUGUGCGCAAUGAACGCAAGACCCUUGUAGCGGUCAACGGACAUCCUUUCAUAACAAAUCUCGCUGCGUCAUUUUCAGACGAUCUUAGCUUGUACAUGCUGUUGGACUUUUGCCCUGGAGGUGAGAUCUUCACCUAUCUCCGACGCUCGCGACGCUUCAACGAAGAGACCUCGAGAUUCUACGCCGCGGAGAUUACAAUGACGAUCGAAUUCCUACACGAUAUCCACGGAGUGGCCUACCGCGACCUCAAGCCCGAAAAUAUCCUUCUCGAUGCCGACGGUCAUAUCAAGCUGGUGGACUUUGGAUUCGCAAAGCAAGUCGGCAACCGCGAAACCUACACCCUCUGCGGCACACCUGAAUACCUAGCACCGGAAGUCAUCCACAAUAGCGGCCACGGACUAGCGGUGGACUGGUGGGCUCUUGGUAUUCUUAUCUACGAGUUUCUGGUGGGACAACCUCCCUUCUGGGACCAGAACCCCAUGCGCAUCUAUGAGCAAAUUGUCGAAGGCCGACUACGCUUCCCUCCCAACAUGCCCCCAGCAGCACAGAACAUCGUCUCGCUGCUUUGCAAGACCAACCCCACAGAACGACUGGGGUACAUCUCCGGUGGCUCAGGGCGAGUCAAAGCCCAUCCAUUCUUCGCUGAGGUGGUCUGGGACGAUCUCUUCUAUCACCGGGUCAAGGGCCCGAUUAUCCCCCGAGUAUCACAUCCCGCCGACCCGAGCAAUUUCGAGGAAUAUCCGGACUCCGACGUCAGGAACCAGAACGUCUACACCGAUGAUCUGAAAAAGAAAUAUGAGCCGCUUUUCAGUGAUUUCUGA